AUGUUGCCUGAAGUGGAUACAACAAUAUUUUUGUUACUCUUGACUAUUGGAUUUUUUUAUUAUGUCUUAAGAUUUCAUUAUAAUUAUUGGGUACGUAAAAAAGUACCACAAAUAAAACCAACUUUUUUUGUUGGAAAUAUGGGAAAUUUAAUUCGUAUGAAAAAUAGUUCAGCAGAAUUCAUACGCGAUCUAUAUAAUCAUCCACAAGCAAAAACUGAAGCUUUUGUAGGAAUUCAUCUGUUCUACAACCCCGCCAUUCUUCUACGUGAUCCAGAACUUAUUAAGAUGAUUUUGAUAAGAGAUUUUUCAAAAUUUUGUAACAGAUAUUCGAAUUCAGAUUUAAAUGGAGAUCCAAUUGGUUCGAAGAAUAUAUUUUUUCUUAAAAAUCCGGCAUGGAAAGAUGUCAGACUCAAACUAACACCAUUUUUUACCAGUGGUAGAAUGAAACAUAUGUUCUACUUGGUUGAUGAAGUUGGUAGGAGCUUAAAUGAUUAUUUACUAUCACAGUCACUUCAAGAAAAUGAGUCUAAAUUGAAUUCAUUCGUUUUGGAAUUAAAAGAGUUUUGUGCCUUAUAUACAACCGAUGUGAUUGCUACUGUUGCUUAUGGAGUACAGGCAAAUACUUUUAAAAACCCCAAUGGUGAUUUUAGGCGAAAUGGACGUGAAGUAUUUCGGUUUAGCACAAAACGUGCUUUAGAGUUUACAGUACUAUUCUUCUUGCCACAUCUUAUGCCAUUUUUCGGUUUUAAAGUUGUACCUAAGAAAUCUACGGAGUUCAUUCGCUCCACCAUUAAUUUUGUAAUGGAACAACGUGAGUUGUCCGGUAAAACCCGUAAUGAUCUUAUAGAUAUCUUGAUUGAAUAUAAAAACUGGUCCAAGGCACAAAAUGAAAAAAAAGAAAAAUCUAAUGUUUUAUUUGAAGGAGACAUUUUAGUAGCGCAAGCGGCAAUAUUUUUUACCGCAGGCUUCGAAACCUCAUCAGCGACUAUGUCAUUUGCACUUUAUGAGUUGUCCAAAAGACCAUUACUACAGAAACGCGUACGCGAUGAAAUUAGAAAUGCUCUCAGAGAAAGUAAUGGAAAAGUAACCCAACAGUUAAUUGAUUCGUUGGAAUAUACACAAAUGGUUAUUUAUGAAACUUUACGGCUAUAUCCACCACUACCAUUUUUAGAUCGAGAAUGUACCAUAGAUGCGAAUGAUACUUAUACGCUUGAUAAAAUUACAAUUAAGCGGGGCAUGCCAAUUUAUAUACCGGUUUACGGUUUACAUAUGGAUCCAAAAUUCUUUCCGAAUCCAAACACUUUCGAUCCUGAGAGAUUUUCAAAUGAAAACCGUAAAUCAAUAAAGUCGUGCACUUAUCUGCCUUUCGGUCAAGGACCUCAUGCUUGCAUCGGUGAGCGAUUCAGUAUGUUACAGAUCAAAAUUGGACUUGUUUACUUUUUUUUAAGUCAUUACGUUACCACUUGUUCAAAAACCAAAUCCGAAAUGAAGUUAGAUCCAAAAGCAAUUAUAUUACAGGCCGAAGGUGGAAUAUAUCUCAGUGUUGUUCGCGAUCCGAUAAAUGCAUGACCGCCUCAAGAACCUUUUAAGAACUAAAUUUAGAAGAAUGUGAAUGCUUAGUAGAUUUAGAUGCGAGAUUGAUAGUUUGAAAAACAAUUACUAAUGACGUGACUUUUUACCUUUGAAUUGAUUCACAAUUAUUUCUAUUAUUUGCUGGUUUUGUAACAUUAAACACGCGAUAUUUGAUAUUUAAAUACUUAUUUUCCAUAUUAAUUAAUCGGUGCGAAAACAAAAUAAUUACAUUGAACACAUAUCAAAAUUACUGUAAAAUAAGAAUAUAAAGCCAAUGAACAUCCACGGAUCACCAACUGCAAGGAAUUUCUAAUCUAUAACGAGAAGAGGUACUUCUCUUUCCCCUCAGAAUUUCACUAAGGGCCAGAAAAGAAACAGGGUUUCUAAGAGCGGGUGAAAUUAUAAUUAAAUCUAUAACAAUUUGGAACUAUUGAUUUUAUUAGUUAUAAUUUUAA